ACAUUAUACUAAUGAACGCAUUUUUGUUUCUCUACAUUGUAUUUUUGUGGAAAAUGAGAAAUGUUCUUAUCAUUAUAGUUUCUACAUGUAUUACCUUUAGUUAUGAAUUUGUUGUGCCAAUAGGAAUAAUAGAGGUGAGCGGUAUUUACUGAUUUUAUUUCAACAUUUUAAAAUCAUUUGCUACUGUUCGUAAUGUGAUUGUUUGUACUAGUACAUUUACCAGUAACAAUAGAUACAUAUUACUUUAAUAUGUUUUAUAAAACAAUAAACAUAAUAUUGUUAAAAACAUAAUGAUUACACUGAAAUACUUAAUCAAUAAUAAAGCAUUAUUUUGCAGCUUGUAGAUGAGACAAUAGAAAUUUUAAGUAACAACACUGUAAAAAAGACUGGUGAAGUAUCAAAUACUACCUUGCAAGAUGGUCAUAUGAACUUAGAUUUAUCGUUUGAAAACGACGAGAAUAUAUUGAAUGAUCUUGAAAACAACCAAAAUCGAAUACAUGAAAAUGAAUUAUAUGACCAAAAUAAUGGUAAACCAAGUAAUGUAAAUGAAAGGUCCUUUAUAUUUAUAAACCAAAAAUUUAUGUCACCGGUAAUGAAACAAUUUCAUAAUCCAGAUAUUCUAACAGAUACAAUUUCACUCAUUGGUAAAGAGAAAACCAUUAAUCAUUAUUUAGAAGACGAUUCUGUUACUUACUUAAAUUCUAAAAACGUCCUUUUACCAGAGAAAGUGAAAGAAAGCGACCGUAGCCGCCAAUCUUCAUACUUUCCAGAUGAAAUUCCUGACGAUUUGGGUGUCGUGCCUCAUCGUUUCGCUAAGACGAAUGUUCAUAAUGAUGGUUCUAGUGCAGUUUUUAAGAACAAUGCAAACUUGAAAACUUUGCAAUUUGUUGAAUUACUCAAGCCUCCUAUUAUAUUGCACACAAGUAAUACACCCACUAUCAUUCCAAAUAAUAUAACACCGUGGCAAAAGCAACAAGUUAUACCAAUACAUUAUGAUCAAUAUCAGAAAGAUAUAAAUGAAAUGUCUUUUAUACCAAAAUCUCCUAUGAAUCCUAUAAAAUAUAAGUCAGAUAGUUACAGGUUAUAUAGAACAUAUGGACAAACGAGUAGCAAACCAGAAGAGGAUCGACAGUUUCCAUACGUUAACAACCAGCAAUCGGAUUAUAAUAACGAAAUUAUCGUUCCGGAAGAAAGAAACGUUAUAAUAAAAAAAAUAAUGAAUGACAAUGAUGCAAUGAGUAAGUUUUUGGAUAAAUACAUUAAAAAAUCGCUAGUGAAGUCUGUUUUGUAUGAACGGUUAAAUGAAAAAGUACCUUGCAAUUAUAGCGAAUGUGUAUCAAAAUCAAAAAUUCAAUAUACGAAUCAUCAUACAAAUAGAAAUGACUGUGGGUGCGGGCAUCGUUUCAAUGUAACACUAAGAGAAUCAAACGGGCUCAGAAAUUAUAACAUGACUAAAAAUAGCAGGAUGACAACUGACUCAAAAUCUUUAGAAGUUGGUGAUUAUAGUGACGUGAUGACUGAUGACACGAAUAUUGAAAAGUAAGUUCAUAUUGUCCUCGUAAAACCCAAGACCUAAAUUUAGUUUGAGAUUUCAGCAUAAGUUAUAUGUGCAGUUUUACUAAUAUGAUGUACUUUAUUUCUUAUAGCAAGGACUCAUUUAAGGACAUAAAAAAUUCAUUAUAUUAAAAAUGGUAAACAGCAAAAAGUUGAAAAUUAUUAAUACUAUUUAAUUUCUUUUUCAGAGCUGUCAGAGAUUUAAUACAAUAGCCUCUGUGUUUUGAAAAGUGAUGACUUGAAAAUGGAAGAAAACAUAUUAUUCGAAUUAAUAGAAAUGUAUCUCAAUUGGCUGAUUUCCUGUGAAUAAGGACUGGUUUGGCUAUAAUACUUGAUAGUAAAAAAUCGUAUCAUAUUCAGCAUCUGUUGGGACCUUAGAUCAGAAACGUCGCAAAUUUCGUGAUAUACAUAUUUUAUUUAACAUUUCUCGCCCCGCUCAGAACUUGAUGAAGCUUUUCUCUACGGUCAGGGCUGUGUGUAAGUGAACGAAUCAAAUAUGAAAUAUUACCGAUACCAGAGAUGGAGAUCAUUCAUAACGAAUGUAUACUAAUGUUUUUAGAACGAUGAGCUAUUCUUUUUCAUUUUGCUAUUUAGUUUUUUAAACGACGCUUGUGUUAUUGUGGAAUAUGUUUCUUGUCUCGUUUAUUAAAGAAUAUGAAAUAUAUUUAUUGGUUUCCUAAUAUGUAUCUUAUUUACAGUAAGGUCGUAUUUGUUAAAUUUCCAACGAAUGGGCCGCACGCCGGUUUCCAAGUAUCGCUAUCUCAGAUUUGACCAGGUCGGGUCAGUAUAGAAAAUGAACUUUUUUAUAUUGUCUCAGUUCUGGAUGAUGUGUCAUAUAUUUUGUUUCAGAUUUUUAUAACACACGUGAUAUUUUGCUAAUGUUUACGUAAUAAUGGCAUCUCAAUAGAAUCCUCAUCAUCAUCAGCCCUUUUUACUGCAGGGGUUCAGGCCUUCCUUAUGGUUGGUUAAGGAGGAUGGGCCAUGACCCUCCACCCUGGCCCAAUGCGGAUUGAUGGGUAUUAACGACUGCAAAUGCAGCCGGGACCAACGGCUCAACGUGCCUUCCGAAGCACGGAGUAGCUCGAGAUAAUAAUUUUUUGGUCACCCAUCUCGUGACCGACCCUUGCGAAAGUUGUUUAACGAGUAUGAUCGCGGGCCGCGGCGCUAAUCCACUACGCCACCGAGAAUCUCAACUGCUCGCAUUUUACUAUUGUACUAUCUACCUGAAGUCCAAUAUUAUUAGUGUUAUCGUCCUCACACAUAAAUGAUGAUAGAUCUAUAAUACUCGUAAUAUUUGACUUCAGAUAGAUAGUGUAAUUAUAAAAUGCAAGUAGUUAAAAUUCCAUUGAGAUGUCAUUAUUUCAUAAACAAUAUCAGUGCCAUGAAUAAAGAAGGUUUAACGUUAGAGUAAAUUUACCCUAAACUUGCAAUUUUAGUAUUAGUCCAAAUUCAUAUUUUACACAGAAUAAGCAAACCUACUACCUUCUAGUUAUGUUACUCCCAUAGAACCUCGUACUAGGUUAACCUUUGCCAAGUCUCUUGUAUUAUGAAUUAGUUUAUAAUAUGAAUUUUGAGUAACACUGAGUGCAGUCUCAGCGUAAAUUUACUCGAACGCUUAACCUUGUUUAUUAAUAACACUGUAGUAGACUUGGCCUGCUGGUCAUUCAACGUACGUUCUGAGCGCCAGUUUGGAGUAUGCCAGUUGGCUUUCAGAGCGCGUAAAUCAAGAUAGUGUGCGUUCAAAGUAAUCGCGAUGAGAUCGCGGCGCGCGCACGCCACGCGUUUACCCGUUUGUCGUUGCAAAUGAAAAGUAAACAGAGGAGCGUCCACAGAUGUCCAGAUAGCCAAUAGUGUCGGUUGAUAUAGAAACAUAAUGGAAGGCGCUAACUGGUACUCUUCCUAAUAUAAGUGAACGUUAUAUUAGUGAAGUUAGAUACCGUAAUAUAAUACAAUCGCUGACAGUGUGAAACAGCUGAGUAUUUUUUCGUGAAUUCAGUUUUGCUCCUAUAGUAAAAUUGGUCACUAUACUUAACGCAUCCAGUCCACGAAGUACUGGCAUUUAACAAUAUUAAAACUGAAUUUAAAUUACAACAUUGUAAUAACUCGAAAUCAAAUAAGCCAUUAAGGGCUUUAUAUAGUAUACGUAAAAAAUAAAAAUAUUUUCAAAGAAAAGAUUAUCUAAAUUAGCAUGUUGCUGACAUAAACAGAUUUUCUUAAAUGUUUCCAUAUUCCUGCAAAAUUUUUAUUAGAAAAAUAUACGUUUCCGAAUUAUGAAACAUCUAAUUAUCGGGCAGCGUUAUUACAAUUUUGAUAGCAUUAUAAUGUUAAUAUCUGCAAUUUGUAUAGUAAGUGUCAUAACAAAUAUUUUACCGGGUUUUGAUUUAGUGGUCUUACUUCAUUUUUAAAUGUUUCGGAUCCUUUGCGGUCUCUGGGGUCACUUUGAUAAUUAGGCCAAAAUAAAAACUCUUUUGCAAUAUGUACACAUGGCUGCAAAUCAGGUUAUAUCUUUGAUUAAUUUUAAACGCUACUCUCAAAGCAUUAAGGUUGAAAAUUAAGAGGAAAUGUGACAUAUUUGUUUAGUCUGACGCGCUAUUGACUGUACAAAGUUAACACGUGUUUGGAAUGAAAUUAUUGGUCCUUUGGUUUUUUACCGAAGGACCAUGAAGCUUAGAAAGGCUUCAAAAUCUUUUAAAGAUAUAAUAGUAACAAACCAAAUAGUGUUCUCCGAAAUGUAACAUAUAAUUAGUUUGUUAAUUAAUACGAGUAUUAUAAGAUAAAAAACAAUUUCUUGUGUUCCUAGCCUCAAAUGUGUAUCGCUUCCAGUUUCUUCUAAUAUCUUAUGGUUUCUUUUCUGUAU